AUGACUGCAGAGAACGAAAGACGGCCCUUGGGAACGGUAUCCAAAUCGCGGAUGAACCAGCUGAAUGGGCUCACGACGACCGACAUGCCGACGAAAAGCAGUUCUCUCAAGCUGCCCUCGAUCACGUCCAUCAUUUGCGAGGACUCGGAAAGGUGCAAUGAACGUCAAACGCGCGACAGAAACGUGCAAGGCGUAGAUUUGGACGAAGUUACGCGCAAGCUCAAAAUUCGCAUGCAGAUGGCGUACUACAAGUUACAAACCAAGCAAACACGUCUAAGGUUCCGCCAGGUAGUACAUGCGAAGGCCAAGCUUGGGCCUGCGCCGGAAGGUCUCGACGAAACCCUCAACGCCAACGAGAAAACGGCGUCGUUUCCGGUGACAGCAAUGGCGCUGUCGCCUUCAGCACGGCACCCACAUGGCAUCGGCAAGCCCACUCGCCGACUAGUGAUGUCGCAGGGCUCGCUUCGCACACCUGUCAAGCCAUGUUUGUGGAACAGCAACAAUUCUAUGGCAGCAGCAGGCGGACGAACGCCGUUGCACACGUUUGAUUCCAACCAGGCCACUCCGAUGUCUGUGAAAGCCGCGAAAUCCUUAAUAGACCUAUUCACCAGCAACCAGUGA